GAUGCACAUUUGAGGCACCUCGAUACGGCCUCAUGUUUGCAUCAUUCACCUAUAAUAGUAGACUGAAGCUUAGAUCAAUGUGCCACGUGGUGCACCUCCGCCACCGCUACACUUCACCUUCCAUCCUCAUCUCUCGCCCACUGCACCUUCAUCAACCAGAUCCCGCCUGCGUAAACAUUCAUCGUCGCCCGUACUCGUAAACACCGUCGUCUAUAGCAUAUACACCAAGUCCAAGCGCACUGUAGCGCGCCGCGGUCCUCCAGCAUGCCGCCUAAACGCAAGCUGCAGACAGCGGCGGAGGCCGAGGCUGAGGACGCGUAUGGGGACGAUGAUAUUGGUCCUAUGAGUGACCAGGAGACAUUCGAUACCCUCAAGGAUCAGUUCGAUGUCAGAGCCAUGACCAAACGGGCGCGCGCAGCGCAACCAAAGGAUGCCGCUGCUCAUCUGUUCAGGAAGUCUGAUCAGUCGCAUGCACCUCUGAAGCCAGAUCAGCAAAAGCGCCCACUCUGGGUCAACGAUGCGGGUGGUAUCAUUAUUGAGUCCUUCCACGCCCUCUUCGACGAGGCACAGGACUUUUUGAUCAACAUUGCUGAACCACAAUCGCGGGUAUCGAAAAUGCACGAGUAUCAGCUUACCACACACAGCCUGUUCGCCGCCGUCAGUGUUGGUCACUCAAGUCAGGAAAUCAUCGACAAGCUUGAUAAGUACUCGAAGACGGCUUUGUCCGACUCCCUUAUCCAGUUCAUCGAGAAGUCCACCUCAGCUUUCGGCAAGGCAAAGAUCGUAUUGAAGAAGACGCUAUCGUUCAUCGAAAGUGAGGACCCUACCAUUCUGAACAAGCUUCUGCGUGAUCCUAUUGUUGCCGAAUGCAGAGCAGAUCAAACUGAGGGCCUGAUCAAAGAGGCUGCUCCGAAGAUCGGUCAGAUGGCCAUUCCAGGUACCAAGCUGGCUGCCGGAGCAAACCAAAUCGCACAAGCGUCCGGUGCAGAACCAGCACCUGCCGACAUGAUUGCAACAUUACGAGAAGACGAUGACGAUGACGAGGUGGCCCAGGUUCAUUCAUUCCAGAUCAAGAGUGAUGAAAGAGAACGAGUCGUCAAGCGCUGUCGAGCCAUAGGUCUCCCCCUCACAGAAGAGUACGACUUCAACAAUGACAUGAAGAACCCCAACCUCGAGAUCGACCUAAAGCCGCACGCUCAGAUCCGUUACUACCAGGAGAAGGCUUUGAGUAAGAUGUUUUCAAACUCUCGAGCACGGUCAGGCAUCAUCGUUCUGCCUUGCGGUGCAGGUAAGACGCUUGUCGGCAUUACAGCAGCGUGCGGUGUCAAGAAGUCGGUCAUCGUUCUUUGUACGAGCGCCAUGAGUGUUGUGCAGUGGAGAGCCGAGUUCAUCAAAUGGUCGAACAUUAACCCAGAAGACAUCGCAGUCUUUACGGCAGACAACAAGAAUGUCUUCCCUCGCAAUGCUGGUAUCAUCAUCAGUACAUACUCCAUGAUCAGUACCGUUCAGAAACGAUCACACGACGCCGAGAAAGUCAUGACCUUUAUCAAGGAGCGAGAAUGGGGGUUGCUGAUUGCUGAUGAGGUGCACGUUGUGCCCGCCAAUAUCUUCAAGAAGGUCACCUAUCAGAUCGCGUCACACGCAAAGCUUGGACUCACCGCUACACUACUGCGUGAAGACGACAAGAUCGAUGAUCUCAACUUCUUGGUGGGACCAAAGCUGUACGAGGCCAAUUGGCAGGAGCUGUCAGAACAAGGCCAUAUUGCGCGGGUGCAGUGCGCGGAAGUAUGGUGUCAGAUGACGCCAGAGUUCUAUCAAGAAUGGCUCAAACCGGCAUCACUACAGAAGCGAGCGCUGCUAUCUAUCAUGAACCCACGAAAAUUCCAAGCGUGCCAGUUCCUCAUCGACUACCACGAGUCGCGAGGAGACAAAAUUAUUGUAUUCUCCGACAACGUAUACGCUCUGGAGAAGUACUCUCGAAAGUUGGGCAAGGCGUACAUCUAUGGUGCUACACCACAGAACGAGCGCCUCCGUAUUCUCGAAAACUUCCAGCACAACCCACUGGUCAACACUAUUUUCCUUUCGAAGAUCGGAGACACCAGUCUGGACUUGCCUGAAGCCACAUGUCUCAUCCAGAUUUCAUCACAUUACGGAUCACGUAGGCAGGAAGCUCAGCGAUUGGGUCGCAUCCUUCGAGCGAAGAGGAGGAACGACGAAGGAUUCAACGCUUUCUUCUACUCGCUUGUCUCCAAAGACACGGACGAGAUGUUCUACUCUUCCAAGCGCCAGGCUUUCCUAGUCGACCAAGGCUACGCCUUCAAAGUCAUCACGCGCCUCGAAGGCCUAGAGUCCCAUCCCAGUCUCGCCUUCAACACACCGCAAGACCGCCGCGAGCUGCUUAUGGACGUUCUAUUAGCGAAGGACGAGGAUGCCAAAACAGAGAACAUCCAAGGCGAUUCUUUUGGUUCGAGUUACGCUUCUGGUCUGGGCAAGAAGAAGAAGGGUACGGUGAGAAGGACUGCAGGCGCACUCAGCGAAUACUCGGGUGGUCAGGAUAUGGCGUAUCUCGAGACAAAUAAGAGUAGGAAUAAAGAGCUUAAGGGUGUGAAGGGGGUCAAGAAUUCGUUUCUCAAGGGUUUGGCUAGGUCGAGUGGGAAGAAGUAGGGCGCUUCUCAGAUCAGGGACUGAGGUAUCAGCACUACCACAUAAUCUCAAUGACUUCUUUCCGAUUCGCAACGCGCACCCCCAGGUCCUCGACAGAGGCUGAACAUGUUGGCAAACACUUAUACCUUGCUGAGGGUUUAUGAAGGCUUGAUAGGGACUUGCUGCAACAUCUUGUGCAAUAGUCUGCUCGUCCUUGUUGGUGUUUCGUGAGGUGGUAGAUGUCAACAGCGAUACUUGGUCUAGGCUCUGUCAGAGUUGAACACUGCUAGAGAAAUCGGAGCUAUGGUGUUGCUAAUUCUUGGGACCCUUCAGUAACGCCUUCCUAAUAUGAAAGUCCCAUCUCGUCUCCUGCAAUCCACACAGGGAGGUGCAGUAUGCUUGAUUUCCUGUAUGAGAAUCCU